UUGAAAAUGGUUUAGCGUUCUGUUUAGUGCCUGUGGGCCGGGUAUUUUUCGGUGAACAAAAGAGGUGGCUCUAAAACCCCUCAUCCGAGUUUUGCGCUCUCUAUAGCUUCCAGACUUUGGUUUCUUGCAAUUGUUCAUCGUUUUCAUUGCACAAACCACCUCUCAUUGUUUCUAAGAUUUGAAGAUGUUCCGGUUUGCGAUCGACGGCCUUUUACUGGUUUUGCUGCUUUCCUCCGUUGCCGGAUCGAUCACCGUGGAUGAGAAUGGAUACAUCCUUUAUUGUCCGUGCAUGGGACGUUUCGGUAAUCAGGCUGACCACUUUCUCGGUUCACUCGGUUUCGCCAAGGGUCUGAACCGCACACUCGUUCUUCCCCCCUGGGUCGAGUACCGUAAAACUGAACCACGCUCAGUGCAAGUUCCGUUCGAUACCUACUUCCAAGUGGGACCAUUACAGGCGCACCACCGGGUGAUAACGAUGGAGGAUUUUAUGGCUCACCUCGCGCCUUCUUUGUGGCCCCCGGCGGAACGCAUCGCGUUCUGUUACACCGAACGCAUGGGGCUCGAUGGAAGCAAAGGCCACGGAUGCAACGCGAAAAGUGGUAACCCAUUUGGCUCGUUUUGGGACACGUUCGAGGUCGAUUUCGCCGGAUCGGAGUUCUACGGUCCGAAGCUCAACUACGACGUCCACCACGGUGACAGGAUGGCGGAACGGUGGAACGAGCGCUACCCCGGCGACAAGUGGCCCGUCUUGGCGUUCACGGGAGCUCCGGCCACCUUUCCGGUGCAGCAGGAAAACGUCGCACUUCACCGGUACCUCCGUUGGUCGGAGCGCUUCGAAAGCGAGGCGAAACUCUUUAUCCGCGACUCCCUUCCGAAGGGUGCGUUCAUCGGUAUCCAUCUGCGGAAUGGGAUCGAUUGGGUGAGGGCCUGUGAGCACGUGCGGGAAAGCUCCAACCUGUUUUCAUCGCCACAGUGUUUGGGUUACCGGAACGAGCACGGUCAGCUGACGGGUGAAAUGUGCAUGCCAUCAAAGGACACUAUCGUGCGACAGCUAAAGCGACGCAUCAAGCAGCAGCGCGAAUCGGCACCGGACAAUCCGAUCCGGUCCGUAUUUGUGGCCUCCGACAGCAAUCACAUGCUGGUGGAACUGAACGAAGCAUUGCGGCGCGCCGAUGUCAUGGUUAUCCGACAGCCGGCUUCCAAUCCUCACCUGGAUCUGGCCAUUUUGGGUCGAGCGAAUUACUUCAUUGGUAACUGC